AUGGAGCUCCCGACCAUUGUUUUCUUCACCAUUGUUUUCCUCUUCUUCCUAGUCCAUGGCCUCGACCUAUACCAUAAAAGGCGAAUGCCACCCGGCCCUGCGGGCCUUCCCAUAAUCGGAAACCUUCUCGACAUUGGACCAAAACCCCACGAGUCACUAGCCAAGCUCUCUCUUAAACACGGUCCACUUAUGACCAUCCGUUUGGGCAGUGUCACGAGUGUGGUGGCAUCCACACCCGAUGCCGCCAGAGAAAUCCUACAACGUCAUGACGACGUCUGCUCUGGCCGCAUGAUCCCAGACGCUGUCACUGCAUUGGAGAACCAUAACAUGGCGGUCCUGUGGAUCUCAGCCAACGAAGACUGGCGAACCAUCAGAAGAGCCCUCAACACAUACCUCACCCACCAACACAAACUCGACACUCUUCGCGAUCUUCGUCAGAAUGUCGUGGAAGGGAUGCUAGAGUUCCUUAGGGCGUCCGCACUCAAAAACGAGUGUGUUAAUAUAGGAAAGUUGGCAUUUGCAGUUGCCCUAAACCAGAUAUCCAACACAUGCAUUUCACAAAACGUGACCACUUACGAGUCCGAUGAUACCGGUGGUUUUAAAACCGCGGUGAAGACAAUAAUGGAGGUGGCCGGGAAGGUUAACAUAGCCGACAUAUUCCCGGUAUUGAAGCCAUUGGACCCGCAGAACAUACGAAGACAAGCCAAGGCUGCUUAUGGAUGGUUUGAUCAUGUGAUACUAGGUUUCAUAAACGAGAGAAUAAAGCAUCGGGAGUCGAAGCUGCCUAGGUUUGGUGACAUGUUGGAUUCGUUGUUAGAUUACAGUGAAGAUAAUGUAGCGGACUUUAAUCUCAUACACAUCAAAAUUUUACUAGUGGAUUUGUUCUUAGCGGGUACAGAAACAAGCUCAAGUACAACAGAAUGGGCGAUGACCGAACUAUUUCUUAACCCUGAUAUGUUCGCAAAAGUUCGAAAAGAAGUUUCUAGCAUAGUAGGAGAAGAUGGAAAAAUCAAUGAAGAGAAAAUCCUCGACUUACCAUAUUUGCAUGCUGUCAUCAAAGAAACAAUGCGACUUCAUUUGUCUGUGCCUCUAUUAGCGCCUCACAAAACGGAGAACCAAGUUAAACUUGGUGACUAUAUUGUGCCAAAAAACAUACAAAUCCUUGUGAACGUAUGGGCCAUGGCACGAGACCCAAUGUAUUGGGAAAAUCCAUUGAGCUUCAUGCCCGAAAGGUUUUUGAAAAGCGAAGUUGACUAUAAGGGUCAACACUUCCAGUUUUUACCAUUUGGAUCUGGUCGAAGGAUGUGUCCUGGAAUACCCUUGGCUCACAGGGUGGUCAGUUUAAUGGUGGCAUCAUUUGUGUAUCAUUUUGAUUGGAAACUUAGUCAUCCUAGAGAAGAGAUGGACAUGAAUGAUAUUUUUGGCCUAGCCUUGCUAAGAGCAACACCACUUGUUGCAUACCCUAUUUCAACCAAAUAA